GAGGCAAUUAUUGAUGAUUACCGUGAGUAAAGGUGUUGAGUUUCAACUUGUCCCAUACUGCGUGGGAAAAUUGAGGCUUGUGACUGUGCUGCGUCUAUCUCCCUGCUUCUACUCUACACCACAGACGAACACAGUGAAACUUCGCCUGAAAAAAUCGAACAAUUCCCUCUACUGUGGCGUAUACACAGCAUCAACAACGACGCGUUCUCAACCAGAAAUCCAGCUGUAUCCGCCUGCUGACCACCUUCUCCUCCACGACCACGAUUCGCCGUCCCAGACUCCUUUUUUUACCAUACACCGGUACACUGCAAAUCCCUCUCUCCCCCGCACAAUCCUGAACCAAACUUGACACAGCUGGACAACUACAUAAGUCGCAGCACCCCUCGCUCUUCUAACUAAAUAGCCACUGUAUCCUCCACAGCGCUUUACCUUCUUACCAAAAAAGCUUCAAACACUUCCCUUCCUCUCCAACACCAACAUCAACAUCAACAUGAUGUUCACCACCACCAUCCUGAGCAUGCUGCUCUCCGUCUCCUUCGCCGCCGCAGCGCAGGAGUUCCCCUUCCCCGGCCCCAUAAAGGCCACACGCACCGUCUCGGCUUCGGCCGACUUCAACAUCCUCCCCCUCCCCUCCGCCCCCCUCGGCCCCUCGGCCAUCAUCGACAUCCUGCCCGUCCCCGAGCAGUUCUUCGGGGCCUCGGCCUCAGCCUCGCCCACUGCCGCUGUCGUCUCUGCCGCCGCCGCGGGUCUCAAGCCCCGCAUCCUCCCCGUGGACUUCUGGUCCACACGCUCCAGGCCUGCGGAGUGGAGGGCGCCUACUCUCGUCGCCGCCGCCGCCAUCGUCUCGGUCUCAGCCCAGCCCACUCCAUCAACGCGGGCAGAAAUCGACACCCUGCCCCAGCCCUCAACCAUCAUCAUCGUGAUCGAGCCCCGUGCCCUCCCCACAGACUUCUGGGCCACACACCCCAGCCAUACGGUCGCUGGCCUGCCUCACCCGUCGAAUAUCCCCCUGGAGUACUGGCGCACGGGUCAGAGGUUUACGAUGAGGGCGGCGCCUACUGCUGUCGCUGAGGUCGAGGUCGAGGUUGAGGCCCGGCACUUGCUCAUGCCUUCGGGCUUUGAUGUUGAGGUCGAGGCGAGGAGUUUUUCUGCGCCUGCGUGGUGGUCUACGCGUGGGAUGACGUUUGUGAGUCUUGUUGCGGUGCCGACGGGGGGGUUGGCGGUGGAGCGGAGUACGCUUCGGACUGUGGGGAGGGGGUAGGGGGUGGGUUUGUUGUUUGGUUGGGUGUGGUUGGCGACUACGCGGGUGUGGUCGUCGCCUGGGGGUUUGUAGAUAGUGGUGUUUUUUUCCUUAAUAAAAGUUUUUCUUCUUUGAGGUUGUGUCUUCUUUGCUUGCGUGAUUGUGUUCAUGGUUGAUUUAAGUGUUGAUAUGUACUUGAUGGAGGGGGAUGUUGUAGUAGCUGGACGAUUUUUCAAUUUGUAUAGGUGUAGUUUUGCACCUUGUAGUCGCCACAAAUGAGGCAGUUCACUUCCCUCUUUCACACCCGACCUCGAGGCACCAUCCAGCCUAGGACAUGC